AUGGUCCUGUAUACCAAGCUUUUCUUGGCAGUGCUGGCGCACUAUGCCACGGCGCAAUUCGUACCCGCGCCCACAGACUUGAUCACCAAGAAAGGAUAUGCCGGUAUCAAUGUGCGAUAUAAGGAGGUGCCCGCUGGAAUUUGCGAACAGGAUCCCAACGUGAAGAGUUAUUCUGGUUACGCUGAUGUCGGUGAGAACGAGCAUAUUUUCUGGUGGUUCUUCGAGGCUAGAAACGGAGAUCCCAAAGAUGCACCACUUACGGUCUGGAUCAAUGGAGGGCCGGGAUCAUCUUCGAUGAUUGGGUUAUUCCAGGAACUAGGGCCGUGCGGAGUUGAUUACGACGGAAAUGUAUACAACAACCCGUACUCGUGGAGCAACGUGAGCAAUAUGCUCUUCGUCGAUCAGCCUGCCACGGUUGGAUUAUCCUAUACAGCCCCCAUUCCAGCUUAUGAGGAUAACGAUGGCAAUAUUGUUCAGCUGCCCAGCGAGGAGUGUCCUGAUUAUGCCGAGAAAUACGGAACAUGCGGCACAUACUCCAAACCAGACAUUGGCCUUGUCCCCAAUACAACUGCAAAUGCGGCCCCGAAUAUGUGGAAGACACUCCAAGGGUUCAUGGGAGCGUUCCCAAAGUACUCCAGAAAUGGCUUCAACUUCGCCACCGAGAGUUACGGGGGACACUAUGGCCCAAUCUUCAACGAAUACUUUGUUAAGCAGAACGCCAAAAAGCCCCAUGGCUCGAUUAAGAUCGAUCUUGAGAAUGUUCUUAUUGGAAAUGGCUGGUUCGAUCCGGUGAUUCAGUACCAGGCGUACUACAACUUCACUGUCUUCCCUGGAAACACCUACGACUACAAGCCAUACAGCGAGUCGGUGCAGGCCGAGUGGUACAACAACCUCUAUGGAGAAGGAAACUGCCUUGAUCGGACGAAGGAAUGUUACGCGACCGGUCGAGAUGACAUUUGCAAUGCAGCAGACACCUUCUGCUAUUAUAAGGUUGAGGCGCUAUUUGACAUCUACUCUAAGCGCGACGAGUAUGAUAUGCGAGAGUUGACACCUGAUCCGUUCCCGUACGCCUUCUACGUCGAAUAUCUCAACAGCCCUGAAGUCCAAUCUGCCAUUGGAGCGUACCAGAAUUUCUCGGAGUCUUCUGGGACUGUGAGCAAUGCCUUUGGAAGCACCGGUGACGACGACCGCGAGUCCGGGACGAUAGAGGCCGUGAGGAAGUUGCUGAAGGCUGGAGUGCAGGUUUCGCUGUAUUUCGGUGAUGCUGACUUCAACUGCAAUUGGCUCGGUGGACAGGUUGUGGCCGAGGAGAUCGAUGCCCCAGGGUACAAGCACGCAGGCUUCGUGAACAUCACUACUUCGGAUGGUGUUGUUCAUGGACAGGUUCGUCAGAGUGACUUGUUCAGCUUUGUGCGGAUUUAUGAGUCCGGUCACGAAGUACCUUUCUACCAGCCAUUGGCUUCGUUGGAGAUGUUUGACAGAAUACUUUCGAGAAAGGAUAUUGCGACUGGCAAGAAACAUUUGAAGCCACAUGGCGGUUAUCUGACCCAUGGACCUCCCACAAGUGACUACCGAGAGGGAAAUAGUACGGUGGUGACGAAAGUUCUUGAUAGCAGUGCAACUUACAACACAACUCUCAACGGACCGAACCCAUCUCGUUUGGUCCGACCUUUGUUCCGAUCCCGCAGACGGGCCAACUGA